AUCAGGAAAGAACAGAUCAAUCAGUACAGUGAGGGACUGUUCCACCUCUGCUUGUUCUUCAACCGACGCAGAAAUCCGUGAUCUUCUGUGUGUCAUGAAGAACAAUGGCAGACUUACACCCAUCGAGAGCGGUCGGCAUCUCAACCAGAGUCCAAGACUAUCUAGAUGACAAGAUCCAAAAUGCAGCCGACUUGGAUAAUGUCGACGAGCUUUUGGCAAAGGUUCAACAGCAGCAAGAGAUACUGAAAAAGCAGCUGGAAGAAGCCCGCAAUGGACAAUCCGAGGUCGAACAAAACAUCGCAACCCUAACAACGACGCUGAGGGAACGGGCGCUAGAAUUCCAAGCACGACAGAAUGAUCUGGACCAGCGCCUCAAGGAGCUGACGCAGUCGGAUGUCACCACUGAAGCAACGAAGAAGAUCGAGUCACGGAUGAACAAGUUAGGCAACCUAGAGAUUGCCCAGGCGUAUCUUGAAUUGCUACAAGAGAUGGAUAGAUGCGAUACGGAAACCUCCAAGCACUUGACGAAAAAGCCCGACGAAUCUAUCAAGUCCUAUCUACAACUUCAUUCUCUAUGGACAAGAAUGAAAGAAAACCAGCCAUCUGCUGAAGGUGCUGCUCCCCAACUGCUUUAUAUUUUUGAGCAGCAGACCACACGCAUCUUCAAAUCAUUGAAAGAUUCCCUUGAAAAGUCACUGCGCAAGACCUUGGAUGAGAUGAACUGGCCAUCGAGAGACAUGACAGUCUCCUCGAACGCCCGCGAAAAGUGGGAGAACCAGGUUCAACUCUUGCUUGAAAUCCAAGAACCCGACCUCGUGCAAUCGGCACCUAACGACACGACAUGGAAUGCGGGACCGCCACCGGAACCAGUCACUCUGUUCCCGUUGGAAGUCAUGAUCAAUCCACUAGCCGCAAGAUUUCGUUACCACUUUUAUGGCGAUCGUCCUACUAAUCGCCUCGAUAAACCAGAGUACUUCCUUUCGCAUGUGUUGGAUUUGAUCGAACAGCAUAGCAAUUUCGUUAUCGACAUUCUUGGUCCUAUCCUUGACCAAAGAGCUCUCAAAUCCGAGGCCCUCGAGUCUAUCUAUAGCGACCCCAUCUCCGCCUUCAUCACUGGCCUAUUACCCAUGGUCCGGGCCAAGUCGUUAUCGUUCUUACCUCAAGUUGUCUCCGAGCCACAGCUCUUUUCCCACUUCAUGCGCGAGAUCAUGUUGUUCGACUCGAGCAUUCGUGACUCCUGGGGCUACAUCCCCAUACCAAGGAUGCUAGGCGACUGGAGAGGGGUUACAUGGGACCUUCUAUACACACAUGGUUACUUUCAGUCAUGGCUUACUGUGGAGCGAGAUUUUGCCCUGUCACGCUACAACAACAUACGUGAUGACCGCGAGGGCCGAGAAAUCGAUUUUGAUGCAGAAGCCGGCCAGACAAAGCCCACAAAAACUGCAAUCAGAAUUGCUGACCUCCUUGAAACCAUCACGGAUCGCUAUCGAGCGUUGAACUCGUUCAGCUACAAGAUUCGCUUCUUGAUUGACAUCCAAAUACACAUUCUUGAAGAGUAUCACAGACACCUUGCGGAUAUGUUGCAAGCAUAUGUGGCUACUACGCAUACAGCGGGUAGACUGUUACAGGGCCAAACCGAAUCAGACGCUUUUGGGCUAAAAGGACUGGAAUUGAUAACGAAAAUCUACGGGAGCGCCGAGUUUCUCCAACGCAAGCUGUCAGAUUGGAGCGACGAUGUCUUCUUCCUGGAGCUAUGGGAUGAAUUGUCCGUCCGUGCAAAGGGAAGUGAGGGAGGCAAUGCUUCGAUUGGCAAUAACUUGAAUGUGGAUGACGUUGCCGCAAAGACAUCGACUGCAAUCAAAAACGACGAUGACGGAGAAUACGAUGGUAGCGGACCAUUCGACCAGACAGUUGGCUCUUUUCUUCGCUUGAGGGAGCGUAGCGAGGAGCAGAUUCUUAGAGCAUUUGAGGUAAAUGUUCGUGCCGCCCUGAAACCGUAUGUGAGGCACCCUCAAUGGUCAUCACUGGGUGACUCCAGACUCGAAGGGUCUGUGGCACCUUCAUCGGCACUGGAUGGGUUGUCUCAAUCGAUCACCAUCCUCCUCGGCUAUAUUGCACGGGUUUUGGCGCCUGGAGCACUUCGAAGAGUCGUCAAACAUAUCUAUACGACCAUUCAGAAAGAGAUGUUGGACAACGUUGUCUUGUCUCACACCUUCUCCACUGCAGGCGCCAAUCAAUUGAGGACCGACAUAUUAGCGAUCAAGGAAGUUGUUGAGAGAACGGCAAAACUACGUGGGAUCGGAGAUUCGAGCAUGAAACGCCUCGACGAAGCAGCAACAUUACUCUCUCUCGCGGCUUCAGAGGAGAAUUCUGGCGAGGACGAGGAUGCGAGUGGAGCGGAGUGGGGAUUCGAGGAAAAGGCCGAGCCCUCUGUGAACGGCGAGGAGUCCCCUGGAGGCGCAAGUCACGAGCUAAGCCUUUGGGAAGUGGACAAUCGUCUGUUCACAGACAAUCCCACCGCACGCAAAGUUCUGGCGGAGCUGGGAAUCUAUCACCUCGACGUAACAGAAGCACGAAAUGUUCUCAGAAGGAGAGUAGAGAUCACGGCCAAGUCCGGCCGGGCAUAGAAG